UCUGCAUUGGUAGGCUAUUUGUGGGGAAGUCCUCUUGGUUAGCUGUAGGGCUUAUAAAUAGCAAGUGUAUUAUUUUGUAUAAUACUGUAAGCAACAUUAGAGCUUCAUAAAAAUAGUUUUCUCCCAGAGCUAGUGUAAUUAUGUUUUGGACUAUUUUACUUAGCGGAAGUGUAGAGUUUUGCUUCAGGAGUGUUGUUUGGGUGCUACUGAAGGAGAGCAGGCAGUGAAUUCAGGUGAUAUCAACGCAAGCCGGCGAGACCCCUAUCAUUGCACAUCGUAUUUUACUUUUGGGAGCGUUUUGGGGACUUCCAAUACAAUACAACAUUCAUUCCUCGUGUCCCCUUCCCCUUUCCUUUUCUCCGGACAUCUGAAACAUAGAAAGCCUCAAGAAUGGCCCAGAUACUGCCGAUACGAUUUCAGGAACAUCUGCAGCUGCAGAACCUGGGGGUGAACCCGGCUAACAUUGGUUUCAGCUACCUGACCAUGGAGUCUGACAAGUUCAUCUGCAUCCGGGAGAAGGUGGGCGAGCAGAACCAGGUGGUGAUCAUAGACAUGGCUGACCCCAAUAACCCCAGCAGACGUCCUAUCUCUGCUGACAGUGCCAUCAUGAACCCUGCCAGCAAGGUCAUCGCCCUCAAAGCUGCUAAGUGCCUGCAGAUCUUCAACAUUGAGAUGAAGAGUAAGAUGAAGGCUCACACCAUGACCGAGGAAGUCAUGUUCUGGAAGUGGAUCUCUGUCAACACCGUCGCCUUGGUGACUGAAGCGGCCGUCUACCAUUGGAGCAUGGAGGGGGACUCGCAGCCCAUCAAAGUGUUUGAUCGGCACGCUAGUCUGGCCGGAUGCCAGAUCAUAAACUACAGAACAGACGAACAGCAGAAGUGGCUCCUCCUUAUAGGGAUCUCGGCACAGCAAAACCGUGUGGUGGGGGCCAUGCAGCUGUACUCUGUGGACAGGAAGGUGUCCCAGCCCAUCGAAGGCCAUGCUGCAGCCUUCGGAGAGUUUAAGGUGGAGGGCAACACCAAAGCCUCCACUCUGUUCUGCUUCGCUGUGCGCAGCCAGGCUGGGGGCAAGCUGCACAUCAUAGAGGUGGGUCAGCCGGCUACAGGGAACCAGCCGUUUACUAAGAAGGCUGUUGACGUGUUCUUCCCACCUGAGGCUCAGACAGACUUCCCCGUCGCCAUGCAGAUUGGCACCAAGCACGGUGUGAUCUACCUGAUCACGAAGUAUGGCUACAUCCACCUGUACGACCUGGAGUCAGGAGUGUGUAUCUACAUGAACCGCAUCAGUGCCGAGACCAUCUUCGUCACCGCCCCCCACGAACUCACCUCUGGCAUCAUCGGGGUUAACAAGAAGGGACAGGUGUUGUCAGUGUGUGUGGAGGAGGAAAACAUAGUGAACUAUGCCACCAACGUGCUGCAGAACCCAGACCUGGGCCUGAGGAUGGCCGUGCGUUCUAACCUGGCCGGGGCUGAGGAGCUGUUUGCCAGGAAGUUCAACACACUGUUCGCCCAGGGCUCCUACUCCGAGGCUGCCAAGGUGGCCGCAUCCACACCCAAGGGUAUCCUGCGCACAGCGGAGACCAUCCGUAAGUUCCAGAGUGUGCCAGCCCAGCCGGGCCAGGCCUCUCCUCUGCUGCAGUACUUUGGCAUCCUGCUGGACCAGGGCCAGCUCAACAAGUUUGAGUCUCUGGAGCUGUGCAGGCCCGUGCUACAGCAAGGACGCAAGCAGCUGCUGGAGAAGUGGCUGAAAGAGGACAAGCUGGAGUGUUGUGAGGAGCUUGGUGACCUGGUUAAGGCAGUAGAUCCUACGCUAGCCCUCAGUGUCUACCUCAGAGCCAACGUACCCAGCAAGGUGAUCCAGUGCUUUGCUGAGACCGGACAGUUCCAGAAGAUAGUGCUCUACGCCAAAAAGGUGGGCUACUCUCCAGACUGGGUGUUUCUGUUGAGGAAUGUGAUGCGGGUCAGUCCAGAACAGGGUCUACAGUUCUCUCAGAUGCUGGUGGCAGAUGAGGAGCCCCUGGCCAACAUCAACCAGAUAGUGGAUGUGUUCAUGGAGGGAAGUCUGAUCCAGCAGUGUACCUCCUUCCUAUUGGACGCUCUGAAGAACAAUCAGCCAGCCGAGGGACACCUACAGACACGCCUACUGGAGAUGAACCUCAUCCACGCCCCCCAGGUAGCCGACGCGAUCCUUGGCAACCAGAUGUUUAGUCACUAUGACCGUGCCCACAUCGCCCAGCUGUGUGAGAAGGCUGGACUGCAACAGAGGGCUCUAGAGCACUACACUGACCUGUUCGACAUCAAACGGGCUGUCGUACACACACACCUGCUCAACCCUGAGUGGCUGGUGAACUUCUUUGGCGCCCUGUCAGUAGAGGACUCAGUAGAGUGUCUUCGGGCCAUGUUAUCAGCCAACAUCCGACAGAACCUUCAGCUGUGUGUCCAGGUGGCAUCUAAAUACCACGAGCAGCUGGGAACAAACACCCUGGUGGAGCUCUUUGAGUCCUUCAAGAGCUACGAGGGUCUGUUCUACUUCCUGGGCUCCAUAGUGAACUUCAGCCAGGACCCUGAUGUCCAUUUUAAAUACAUCCAGGCGGCCUGUAAGACAGGGCAGAUCAAGGAAGUGGAGCGCAUCUGUAGAGAGAGCAACUGUUACGACCCGGACAGGGUCAAGAACUUCCUCAAGGAGGCUAAAUUGACAGACCAGCUGCCGUUGAUCAUAGUGUGUGACCGCUUUGACUUUGUCCAUGACCUGGUGCUCUAUCUCUACCGCAACACUCUGCAGAAGUACAUAGAGAUUUACGUUCAGAAGGUGAACCCCAGCCGUCUGCCUGUGGUGAUAGGAGGUCUGUUGGAUGUAGACUGUGCUGAAGACGUCAUUAAGAACCUGAUCAUGGUGGUGAGAGGGCAGUUCUCCACUGAUGAGCUGGUGGCAGAGGUGGAGAAGAGGAACAGACUGAAGCUGUUAUUGUCGUGGCUUGAGUCUCGUAUCCACGAGGGCUGUGAAGAGCCGGCUACCCACAAUGCCUUGGCUAAGAUCUACAUUGACAGUAACAACACCCCGGAGCGCUUCCUGAAGGAGAACACCUUCUACGACAGCGCUGUAGUGGGGAAGUAUUGUGAGAAGAGAGACCCCCACCUCGCCUGUGUCGCUUAUGAGAGGGGCCAGUGUGACCUGGACCUUAUCAAGGUGUGCAAUGAGAACUCCCUGUUCAAGAGUGAGGCUCGCUACCUGGUCCGACGGAAAGACCCAGAACUAUGGGCCAACGUUCUUGAGGAGAAUAACCCUUAUAGACGCCAACUCAUAGACCAGGUGGUGCAGACCGCUCUGUCAGAGACCCAGGACCCAGAGGAGGUGUCUGUGACGGUCAAGGCCUUCAUGACAGCUGACCUGCCCAAUGAGCUCAUUGAACUACUGGAGAAGAUUGUAUUGGACAACUCAGUCUUCAGCGAGCACCGAAACCUCCAGAACCUGUUGAUCCUGACGGCCAUCAAGGCAGACCGGACGCGUGUGAUGGAGUACGUCAACCGCCUGGACAACUACGAUGCCCCCGACAUUGCUAACAUCGCCAUCAGCAACGAGCUCUUCGAGGAGGCCUUCGCCAUCUUCAAGAAGUUUGACGUCAACACCUCCGCCAUUCAGGUCCUGAUCGAGCAAAUCAGUAACCUGGACAGAGCCUAUGAGUUUGCAGAGCGUUGUAAUGAGGCUGCGGUAUGGAGUCAACUGGCCAGAGCCCAGCUCCAGAGAGACCUGGUUAAAGAGGCCAUCGAUUCCUACAUCAAAGCCGACGACCCGUCGGCCUACAUGGAGGUGGUCAGCGCUGCCAGCAAGAACAAUAACUGGGAGGAUCUGGUGAAGUUCCUUCAGAUGGCUCGUAAGAAGGCCAGAGAGUCGUAUGUAGAGACAGAGCUCAUCUUUGCUCUGGCUAAAACUGUCAGACUGGCCGAACUAGAGGAAUUUGUCAGCGGCCCUAACAACGCCCAUAUACAACAGGUGGGAGAUAGGUGUUAUGAAGAAGGGAUGUACGAUGCUGCCAAGCUGCUGUACAAUAACGUGUCCAACUUUGCCCGCCUGGCAUCCACGCUGGUACACCUAGGAGAGUACCAAGCUGCUGUGGACAGCGCCAGGAAAGCCAACAGCACACGCACCUGGAAGGAGGUGUGUUGUGCGUGUGUGGAUGGGGAAGAGUUUCGAUUGGCUCAGAUCUGUGGUCUACACAUUGUUAUCCACGCUGAUGAACUGGAGGAGCUCAUCAGCUACUACCAGGACCGGGGUUACUAUGAGGAGCUGAUAGGCCUGUUGGAGGCCGCGUUGGGUUUGGAGCGCGCUCACAUGGGCAUGUUCACAGAGCUGGCCAUCCUCUACUCCAAAUUUAAACCCCAGAAGAUGAGAGAACACCUGGAACUCUUCUGGUCCCGCGUCAACAUCCCUAAGGUGCUGCGAGCGGCGGAGCAGUCCCAUCUGUGGGCGGAGUUAGUGUUUCUGUAUGAUAAAUACGAGGAAUAUGACAACGCUGUCCUCACGAUGAUGUCACACCCUACGGACGCUUGGAAGGAGGUGCAGUUCAAGGACAUCAUUGCCAAGGUGGCCAAUGUGGAGCUGUACUACAAAUCCCUUUCCUUUUACCUGGACAACAAACCUCUGCUGACGAAUGACCUUCUGACCAUACUGUCACCACGGUUAGACCACAGCCGCACGGUCAGCUACUUCACCAAGGUUAACCAGUUGAAGUUGGUAAAGCCUUACCUGAGGUCAGUCCAGAGUCAUAACAACAAGGGAGUCAACGAGGCCCUCAAUAACCUGCUGACAGAGGAGGAGGACUACCAGGGUCUGAGGGCGUCUAUCGAUGCAUAUGAUAACUUUGACACCAUUGGUUUGGCCCAGAGACUGGAGAAGCAUGAGCUGAUUGAGUUCAGACGCAUCGCAGCAUACCUCUACAAAGGCAACAACCGCUGGAGACAGAGCGUGGAACUCUGCAAGAAGGACAAAUUAUACAAGGAUGGAAUGCUGUACGCUGCUGAGUCUAAGGAUGCUGAGCUGGCUGAGACCCUGUUGCAGUGGUUCCUGGAGGAGGGCAGGAAGGAGUGUUUCGCUGCCUGUCUGUUUGCCUCCUACGACCUGUUGCACCCUGACGUGGUGCUGGAGCUGGCCUGGAGACACAACAUCAUGGACUUUGCCAUGCCAUACUUCAUCCAAGUCAUGAGGGAGUACCUCACCAAGGUUGAUGAGGUUGAGGAGAAGGUGACGGUGGAUAAACUGGAGGAGUCAGAAAGCCAAAGGAAGACUGAGGAAGAAGUCACAGAACCCACCCCCAUAGUUUUCGGUCAGCAGCUGAUGUUGACGGCAGGCUCGGCUCCAGUGGCACCCCAGCCUGGAUACCCAGGAGGCUACGGAUACGCUGCCCCAGGCUACUCCCCCCAGCCCCCCUACAACUACAACAUGUAGACCACCUCUACUCCCCCCAGCCCCCCUACAACUACAUGUAGACCACCUCUACCCCACCCAGCCCCCUACAGCUACAACAUGUAGACUACCUCUACCCCACCCAGCCACCCUACAGCUACAACAUGUAGACCGCCUCUACCCCACCCAGCCUCCCUACAACUACAACAUGUAGACCGCCUCUACCUCACCCAGCCUCCCUACAACUACAACAUGUAGACCGCCUCUAUCCCACCCAGCUUCCCUACAACUACAACAUGUAGACCGCCUCUACCCCACCCAGCCUCCCUACAACUACAAUAUGUAGACCGCCUCUACCCCACCCAGCCUCCCUAGGGCUACACUAAGCUUGCGUCCCAAAUGUCACCCUAUUCCCAGUAUAGUGAACUACUUUUGACCAGGGUCCAUAUGACUCUGGUCUAAAGUAGUGCAGUAUAUAUUGGCUAUAUGGUGUCGAUUGGGACACAGAUCAUGUAGACCUUAAGGUCCCAAUAAUUCUACCUGGAGCUUCCAGCGCCCCCCUCGGCCAACCUCAGGCCCCGACCUGAACCACACUUACCCUGCACUGGGAUACAGCUUGCUUAUGGAUUCUAUAUGUAUUCCCUGCCUUGACACCCCUGAGACUCCCAAUCUCACUACUCUGAGACACACCUAGCCCACCUAUGGACACUCCUAACCCCCACACCCAAAUCUCUCAACUGAAAAGAUCUCCACUUUGCCCCCAUCUCCUCUCGCUCCUCACCUCACUCCCACUUCCUCUUUCUCCCCCUCUCCAAUGGAAUACAGCAAGACUAAGUGACCCCUCUACUUAGGCUGAACUGACCAGCCCACCCGCCAUUCAACACGCACCGCAUGACAACAGCGCUUAGCUCCUAGAGAAAAUAACUAAUAAGAUGUCGCUAAUGUACAGUACACCUCUCUGUCCAGGUAUUCUAUUACUGUUCUAUAGACUGCAUCAACUGUGUCAACCAUAGAACAGCUUCUUUUAAAAAAAAAUCCUAAUGUUUUUCUAGAGAUUAUAAUACAGCACUGAUGGUACAGAGACUUUGUUACUGAGGAGCCAGAGAGGGGGCGGGUGAAGGGGGAGCAGCACCGAGUUCCCACACCCUCUCCUAAGCACUGCUAGGCCUUAUACAGGAGGAGGUUUCAAAUUUGAGUCCGUGUUUGUUUGUUUCAAGACUGUUUCUGUGCAAUAGAGAUCUUAACAGGUACCAUGUGUUGGAGAUACAGUACUAUAUGGACUAGGAAUACUAGUUACUUGGGUUAUGGUGUACUGUCUGUGUGUAGUUUAUCAAGCAUGUAGGGAUCUGUUGACAACACCAAGUUAGGGAAGGUUUGCGCUGUUCCUUCUCUUCACUAGAGUCGUAUUAUCUGAUAAUAACCAAGUCAAGAUGGACGUUGGGUCUCUCCACUACACUGUGAUGUACGGUACAGGAUCCCACAGCUCUGGUUGUUGAUGAUGUGAAACAUAACUGCGAUAUGCUGAUGUCUGUGCAUGUGCUGCCAAACAUAUAAUGCUGUAACAAUGCAACCAGGAGCACAAUUUCCAUGUUACACAUAUACCAAGUAUUACCUAUGUUGUGUUCAAAACUAAACAAAUGUAUUUUGAGGCCUUUUACUGUCUCACCAUUGGCAACAACUAACAGAAUGGUCGAAGAAACUCAAAUGUUACACAGAGAAUAAAAACAUACUAGAGGAAUAGAGCUCGUAUGUAUCCCUGUACCAGUGGUUCAGAGUUAACAAUUCAUGUACUGAAAAAAAAAGUGUAUAAUUUAAGAUAUGUUGCGAUACUUAAAUAAGCAAAUAAGUCCAUUAUGGAAUAAGAUAGUGUAUUGUCUAUAGUGCAUUGUUGUAGUCUUAAUCAUUAUUAUAAUAUUUUUUUUUUUAAAGAAAAUGACAAAAUACAAAAAGAGCAGAAUACAAACAUAAACUAUUCAGCAUGAUUGCUUGCAGCAGCCAUCAUCCUGGGGUUCGUUUUCUUCCUGUUCAAGUAGAACCUGUCUGAUAAAUGUUCUGGAAAACUAUCGCUAGGGUUUAUGGGUAACUCUGGCCUCGUGCAUCCGGACAGACGGCCAUGUCCACUGUUGUCCAUAGGACCCUGAUGUGCCGCGACAUUGUAAAAACGUUGAAUUGGGGUUUUGUAGGAAAACUAAAUCUAAACUGUGUACAAGCACUACCGUAUCUGCACAAGUCAUGGUCUCUGAAGGAUAAUAAAGUUUACACACAUA